AUGCGCAGUCAUGAAUCAGACUACCCUGAGGCUACGCCAUAUGAAUCGUAUGAGGACGAAGUGGCGUUAGAACUACUAGACGAGGAGAGUCGCGCGCAGGAUGGCAAGCAUGUCAAUGAUGCCAUCGAGGACGACGAUGACGGACUGCGCAUCGUGCAUCAGAUCGUUCCGGAUACAGACAACCCGCUUCUUCCUUCACUAACUUUUCGCUCUGUGGUCCUUGGCAGCGUAUUCACUGUACUGGGUGCUGGUAUGUCACAGCUGUUCUUCUACAAAUCCAAUGCGCCGUCGUUUAGCAGCUACUUUGUGAUCCUUGUCACGCUGCCAUUGGCACGAUGGAUGGCACAUGCGCUUCCAGAUCGCACUAUCAAUCUAUUUGGAUGGCGCUUCCAACUAAAUCCUGGGCCUUUUAGCGUGAAGGAGCAUGUCUUAAUUGCUGUCACAGUCUCAUCAGGGGCAACAAGUGCCUACGCAUCCGAUAUCAUCAAUAUUCAGGAGCUCUUCUUUGGAGAGCAUAUGUCUGCGAUACCGUCGCUUACCUUGUUGAUUACCACGCAAGUCAUUGGCUUUGGAUUUGCUGGAUUGGUGUACAAUAUGUUGGUACGCCCUCCUUCUAUGGUGUUUCCAAGCGCCCUUGUCACUGUUUCCCUUUUCAAUACACUACAUGACUCAGAAUCUUUGCUCACCAAGAAACGGAUGCGCUUCUUCAUAUAUGCAUUUGCUGGCAUCUAUGUGUACCAGUUUCUUCCUACAACGCUGUUCCCUACAUUGAGCAGCGUGGCGGUAUUGUGUUACGUUCACCGCAGUAAGAUUACUCAAAUUCUGAGUUCAGGCUACCGUGGUUUUGGUAUUGCCAACCUAAGCUUUGAUUGGAAUGUACUGGGCAGCAGUGGUCCACUCUUCCAGCCAUGGUGGGCUGCCAUGAAUUUCUACGGUGGGCUUAUCGGCAUGAUGUACAUUGUCAUGCCGAUUUUGUACUUUUCAAACUUUUGGAAUGCACAAUCGUUCCCAGCAGUGCUUAGCUCUGCGCUUUUCACUAUGAAUCAUGAAAAGUUUGAUGUCAGCGCUGUGCUUAACAAGGACAAUACGCUGGACGAGAAAGCGUGGGAAGAAAAGCGGCCUAUGCUUCUUACUCCAUUUUUUGCUUUGUCCUAUGGCAUUAGCUUUGCUAUUCUCACAAGUACCAUAACUCAUGUGCUUCUGUGGCAUGGCAAAGAGAUUAAGAAAGCCUUGUACAACCCGAUAUAUUCGGACAUUCAUAAUCAGCUGAUGAAAUCAUACCCUCUUGUACCACAGGCAUGGUACCUUUGGACACUCGUGUUAUCACUAGGCAGUGCUAUGGUUCUCGUCAUUACAACGCCCUCUUUGCAGUUUCCAGUGUGGGGAUUGCUGUUGUCGGUCGGAAUGUCCCUCUUUUUCUUAAUCCCAAUCGGUAUUCUAAAGGCUGUUAGUGAUACGGGUGUGGGAUUGAACGUGAUUACGGAGUUUGUGGCAGGCUAUCUCAUCCCAGGGAAGCCCAUUGGAAGUACGUAUACGACUUACUUACGUCUAGAUGUAUGCUGGAAAUGCUAUGGCUACAUGAGUUGUGCGCAGGCCCUCGAUAUGAUUGGUGAUUUGAAGCUGGCUCAUUAUAUGAAAAUCAGUCCAAAGCAUAUGUUUUUGUCGCAACUUUUGGGAACAGUCAUCGGGUGUGUUGUGAACUAUAUGGUGAUUCGUGUCGUCCUUGCUCCUGAGAACGGAUACCGCGCAUACCUAGAUGGCAGUGUGGACGAUCCCACCGGGCAAUGGGAUGGAAGAAAAGUUCAAAUCUUCCGUUCAGCUUCCAUUAUCUGGGGCGCAGUCGGCCCAGAGAAGUUCUUUGCUGGCGAUUACAAGUACUUGUAUUGGGGUUUUGUAUUGGGAGCCCUUCUUCCUCUGAUCCCCUGGCUUUUGCACAAGCGACUGCAGACGCAGACCCUGGGCAAACUACGUGAAUCUAUGUUCAGUCGUACGGUGGUCCCUAUUUUCCUACACGGUGCUAUUGCGCCGCCAGCCACGCCAACCAAUAUCAUGUUAGGUGGUUUUAUCUGUGCCUUUUUGUCGCAAAAAUGGGCGCGCGAACGAUACCCGCGAUGGUUCCAGAAGUACAACUAUGUUCUAUCAGCAGCACUCGAUGCUGGCGCCUCUAUCAAUGCGCUAACUGUGUUUGUCCUCUCCAUUACGCUGUUUCGCUGGUUUGGCACGCCACAUCUUUUCUCGCCAGGCACCGACGUGGAGCAUUGCAAAGUAGACUGA